AUGUCUGGCAAAGCAAAAAAGGCAAAAAUGGACGAUCCGAAAGACAAUGUCUUUAUGGUCGAAAAAGUUCUUGACAAAAGAUCCGGAAAGGCCGGAAGAGAAGAGUUUCUGAUCCAAUGGCAGGGAUUCCCAGCAUCUGAUUCCAGUUGGGAGCCGAGAGAAAAUCUUCAAUGUAUCGAUUUGUUGGAAGAAUUCGAAAAGGAGUUUGCCAAGCGCGAGAAGCCGUCACGUAGAAAGCUGAAAUCGCCAGAGCGUUCAACUUCAAAACAACAGCAGUCGACUUCAAAGCAACAGCCAGCUCCAGAAUCACUAGAAACUCCAAAUGAGGAAGAAGUGUUCACGAAGGAUAAUUUCUCGCUGCAUGGAAAGCAGUUGAAAUGCAUUGUCGGGAUUACAAAAACCCCCGGAGAUCUUCACUUUUUGUGCAAGUUCACUGAUGACACUGCUCGACUCAUUCCAGCAAAGGAAGUCAACAGUCGGUACCGACCGUUCGUCGACGAGUAUGGGAGUUUUCUGAGAAGGCAGAUGGAUAAAAGACAGAAACGGUUUGAGGAAGGGAAAAAGAGAACCGUUGAAAUCGAUGACGAAGACGAUGAGUGGCCAGAAAUGCCAGAAGGAAUUGAUAUUAACCCUGAACCAGUAGUCCAAAACAGAGAGGUAACCGGAUUGCCAGAUGGUUUCGGACGCCCUGAAAUGCCGAUUAGCUCAUUACUACUCGAUGAUGUUCACAUGGAACCAAGUGACACCUUGUCCACAAGUUUCCCUCCAGACCCAGUAGAUGAACCAAUGGAAAGUGGAGGCGAACCGGAUCCUUUCAUGUCUCUGUUCGACGAGAGCUCGAACAGUAGCCCACCGCGAUGCUCGAUUGUUGUCGAUACGAUUCCCAACGACGACGAUCUCUUCCCGGGACACAUCUGA